GGGAUUUUAUACAUUUAUGUAGCUUUUUUAAAUGUGCGCGUUUACGACCUCGUCAAGAAUCCUGGGUAAUGUAGUGUUAGCUUUUACCAAAUGUCAGCGGAGACAUUAAGCUAGCAUGCUAUCAGCUGCAAACUCGACUUAAGGGGAAAACUCACUCAUAGAACCAGAUCCGUAGCAGUAGCGAUGUAUGGACGUGUGUGCUCCAGCAUUGUUCAGAGAGCUUCCAGCUGCAGGCUGAUAGUUUUUCACACAGUCCCAUUCCAGGCUGUCCAUAAUUGUCCUUUUUCAUCCUGGAAUCUGUCUGGAGUAGACUUGAAAUUCUGCACUAUUAAAGGAUCUGUACUCUGGACUCAAAGCUGCCGUCAUUUCUCAACACGACAGGAUUUAGACUUCCAGCAGAGCCAGAUGCAGAUCAAUAGCAUUCUAAGAAGCAAUGAACAGACUGUUAAUGUGCCAGAGUUUGAUGGGAGGGUGCUCAGCGCAGUGAGAAAGUUUGAAAGCAACCAGCUUCCCGCAAACACUCCCAAUGAGGACCGUCGUAGUUCAGCCACCUGUUUACAGUCAAAGGGCAUGCUGUUUGGAGUGUUUGAUGGCCACGGGGGCUGGGCAUGUGCCCAGGCUGUCAGUGAGCGUCUGCUCUACUAUGCAGCAGUGGCAAUGAUGCCAAAGCAAACCCUGGAAGAGCUGGAGAGGUGCAUGGAGAAUGGCCGACCUGUUCCACCCAUCUUACAAUGGUAUAAACAUCAUACGGAUUUUAACUAUCGCGAAUCUGCCUCCCUGUACAUAAACCACCUUAGAGUCUUCUGGCAGGAGCUAUUGAACAACGAGGAGCAUGACGAAGGCAUGAGCCCUCUGGAUGCUCUGGACUGCGCUUUUAGACGUCUUGAUGCUGAUAUAUCUUUGGAGGCACAAGUUCCCCUUUCUAAUGACCUCAUGAAAAGCACAGCCAUCCAGGUUGCAUUUGCUGGAUGCACUGCUUGUGUCGCUCAUGUUGGCACCGAUGGGAUCCACGUUGCAAAUGCAGGAGACUGCCGGGCAGUUUUGGGGGUUCAAAACAAUGACGGGUCAUGGAGCGCUGUGCCUCUUUCUAAAGACCACAACUCACAGAACCUCAGUGAGCUGGAACGGAUUAGAGCUCAGCAUCCACCUACGGAGAGAGACACGGUGGUCACAGAUGACCGACUGCUUGGGGUUCUCAUGCCUUUACGUGCCUUUGGGGAUGUGAGAUUCAAAUGGAGCCUCGAGCUGCAGCAGAGCAUUUUAGCCGGUCUUGAAUCUGGAGUGGACCUGGACUCUCUGAACUUGUAUCAGUACACACCCCCCAACUACUUAACCCCGCCAUACCUGGAGGGGACACCUGAGAUAACCUAUCACAAGUUAAGACCCCAGGACCGCUUCCUGAUCCUCGGCACAGAUGGGCUAUGGGACGAAUUCACAAGUGAGGAGGCGGUGCGACUGGUUGGAGAGCAUCUGAGCGGAAUUUAUUUACAGGCACCAGUUUCUCCCACAGAGAGGAAGCUGAAGCUGGGUCAGAUGCAUGAACUCUUGUUAAAGCGCCGCGCCCGUGCCUCUCCAGCGCUGGAUACCAACGCUGCUACUCAUCUCAUCCGACACGCUCUUGGAACUGGGGAGUAUGGGGAGCUGUCACAGGAGAGGCUGGCCUCAAUGCUGGCCUUGCCAGAGGACCUAGCCAGAAUGUAUAGAGACGAUAUUACGGUUACUGUCGUGUAUUUGAACUACGAUCUAGCUAGACCCCAACACAGUUAGCAGACUGAGAGAAACCUCCACAGAAUUACGCUUGGUCACGUUCAGUCAGUAUUUUACGAAGGCCGGUGUUCUGGCCAAAGUACAUAAACUGUUUUACAAAUAAAGUGAUACGAUCUUUUUCAAUGUUAUAUCAUGUUCAGCUGUUACCUUAGAAAAAACAAGAGAGUCUAGCUGCAGACUUGCACUGUCAGGACCCUGCACUGUCAGGACCCUGCACUGUCAGGACCCUGUACUGUCAGGACCCUGCACUGUCAGGGACC